AUGUUGGAGCUUCAGCUCUCGGUGCUGCUCGUUCUGCAGGUGCUUACCUACGCUCAGGAUGGGGGGGGCAUGGGGGGAGGGGCACAGGAUGAUGUCAGCCUCCCGGAGUUCACUGACGUGUGCACAGAGGGAAGCUGUUACCCAGCAACAGGAGACCUUCUGAUUGGCCGAGCCCACCAACUGUCAUCCACCUCCACCUGUGGACUGAACCACCCAGAACCGUUCUGCAUCGUUAGCCACCUGCAGGAGGAGAAGAAGUGUUUCCUGUGUGACUCCUCCACGCCGUACGACGAGCUCAGCAGUCCGACCAGAGGUCAUCGCAUCGAGAACGUUGUCACCACGUUUGCUCCCAACAGACUGAAGACCUGGUGGCAGUCUGAGAACGGUCUGGAGAACGUCACUCUACAGCUGGACCUGGAGGCAGAGUUCCACUUCACACAUCUCAUUAUGACCUUCAAGACGUUUCGACCUGCCGCCAUGUUGAUCGAGCGCUCUGCAGACUUCGGGAAGAAAUGGCAGCUUUAUCGUUACUUUGCCUACGACUGUGAGAGCGCCUUCCCAUCUGUGUCACAGGGACCAAUGCAGAAGGUGGAUGAUGUCAUCUGUGACUCUCGUUACUCUGACAUUGAGCCAUCCACUGAAGGAGAGGUUAUUUUCAGAGUUCUGGACCCAGUGUUUAGGAUAGAAGAUCCCUACAGCCCCCGAAUCCAGAACAUGUUGAAGAUCACCAACCUGCGGGUGAAGUUCACCAGACUGCACACACUCGGCGAUAACUUGCUGGACUCUCGUAUGGAGAUUAAAGAAAAGUAUUAUUAUGCCAUCUUUGACAUGGUGGUCCGAGGAAACUGCUUCUGCUACGGACACGCCGCUGAGUGCGCCCCAGUCCAAGGAGCCGGCCAGACCAGUGAGGGCAUGGUUCAUGGUCACUGCAUGUGUAACCACAACACCAAAGGUCUGAACUGUGAGAAGUGUCUGGACUUCUACCACGACCUCCCGUGGAGACCAGCCGAGGGGCGCAACACCAAUGCCUGCAAAAAGUGUAACUGUAACCACCACACGUCCUCAUGUCACUUUGACAUGGCCGUGUUCGUGGCUUCAGGAAACAGGAGCGGAGGAGUCUGUGACGACUGCCAGCACAACACGGCCGGACACAACUGUGAGCGGUGUAAACCGUUUUACUUUCAACAUCCAGAGAGGGACGCCAGGGACCCCAACAUCUGCCAACCCUGUAACUGUGACUCUGUGGGCUCACUCAACGGCGGUCUAUGUGAUGGGGUGACGGAUGUUCGAGUCGGUUUGAUCACUGGUCAGUGCCGCUGUAAAGUCAACGUGGAAGGGGAGCGCUGCGAGCGCUGCAAACAGGCUCACUACGGGAUGGGCCCCGAGCCGGAAGGGUGCAAGGCGUGUACCUGCAGUCCGCUGGGGACACUUGCUGGAGGAAAUCCCUGCGACAGUGAAACAGGAAGUUGUUUCUGUAAACGUCUGGCAAUGGGCCGAGACUGUGACCAGUGUGUGGCUGAACACUGGGGUCUCAGUAACGACAUGGACGGCUGUAGACCUUGUGACUGUGACUUUGGAGGAGCCAUCAACAACCAGUGUGAUCAGGUGAGCGGUCAGUGUGUCUGCAGGGAUCAUAUGUUCGGGAGACGCUGCGAUCAGGUGGAGUCUGGCUUCUACUUUAUUGCUCUGGAUCACUACACCUACGAAGCAGAGGACGCAAAGUUUGGACCUGGAGUAACAGUGGUCCCAAGACCCCACCCUCUGGAUCGCAAUCCCACCUGGACAGGUAUCGGCCUGGUUAAUGUUCCAGAAGGGGCCUUCCUGGAGUUCUCUGUGGACAACAUCCCCCACUCCAUGGAGUACAACAUCCUCAUCCGCUACGAGCCCCAGCUGCCUGACCAAUGGGAGGAAGUUCUGAUGACCGUGAUGAGACCUGGACCAAUCAGAGCAGACAGUCGCUGUGUUAACACCGUGCCCGACGACGACCAUCAGAUGAUCUCACUCCACCCCGGCUCACGAUAUGCGUCUCUUGCCAGGCCCGUUUGCUUUGAGUCUGGUCUGAACUACACGAUCCGCCUCAGUCUGCCUCUGUACUCGGCCCUCAGUGAUGUGCAGUCUCCUUACACGCUCAUCGACUCGAUUGUGUUGAUGCCGCACUGCAAGAACCUGGAGAUCUUCUCAACCUCAGAAGGAGGAGACUCCAGUGGGAACAGUGCUUGGGAAACCUUCCAGCGGUACCGAUGUCUGGAGAACAGCCAGAGCGUCACCAGGUCUCCGAUGACCGACAUCUGCAGGAACUUCAUCUUCAGCAUCUCCGCCAUGUUGCACCAGGGAGCAAGAGAAUGCCACUGUGAUCCUCAGGGCUCCCUUAGCACCGUGUGUGAUCCCAGCGGGGGUCAGUGUGAGUGCCGCUCCAAUGUGGUCGGCAGGAACUGUGACCGAUGUGCUCCGGGAACCUUCGAGUUCGGACCCAAUGGCUGCAGAGCAUGUUCCUGUCACCCUCAGGGUUCACAGAGUUUGUUUUGCAGUGAGCUGACUGGAAAGUGUGUCUGUGUUUUUGGAGCGUAUGGCCGGCAGUGUGAUCGUUGCCUGCCCGGUCAUUGGGGCUUUCCCAACUGCCGACCCUGCACUUGCAACGGACACACCGACGACUGCGACCCCGACACUGGCCGCUGCAUCGACUGCCGGGAUCACAGCACUGGACACGCCUGUGAAAGGUGUCUGGAUGGUUACUACGGUGACCCCCUGUUGGGAUCAGGUGACCACUGUCGCCCAUGUAUGUGUCCUGAUGGCCCCGGCAGCUUGCGGCAGUUUGCAGGAAGUUGCUACGUUGGUGACGACACCCAACAGGCCGUCUGCGUCUGCAACAACGGAUACAGAGGUUCUCGCUGUGACGAAUGCUCACCUGGUUACUAUGGAAACCCUGGAGACAUGGGGGGGCAGUGUCAGCCCUGUCAGUGCAACAGCAACAUCGACAUGUUGGACCCGGAGUCCUGCGACAGCCGAACCGGCGAGUGUCUGCGCUGCCUUUACCACAGCGAGGGAUACGCCUGCCAGAGCUGCAAACACGGUUACUAUGGCAACGCCCUGCUGCAGGACUGCCGGAAAUGUGUCUGUAACCAGCUGGGCAGCGACUCCUCCACGUGUCCGUCUUCCGGGGACUGUCACUGUGACCGCAGCAGCGGGCAGUGCCACUGCCUCCCCAACGUAGUCGGCCAGCACUGCGACCUCUGUGCGCCCGACACCUGGAACAUGGCGAGCGGCAGCGGCUGUGAGGCCUGCGCCUGUGACCCCAAACACUCGUACGGGACGUCCUGCAACGAGAUCAGCGGUCAGUGUUCCUGUCAACCCGGCUUUGGAGGAAGAACAUGCAGCGAGUGUCGAGAGCUGUUCUGGGGAGAGCCAGAGGUCAAGUGUCAUGCUUGUGACUGUGAUCCUCGGGGAAUUUCACAGCAGCAGUGUAACAAAGCCAGCGGCCACUGCGUCUGUGUGGAGGGGGUCUCUGGCCCACGAUGCGACGUCUGCAGCCGCGGCUUCUCUGGAACCUUCCCCAACUGCCAGCGGUGCCACCAGUGCUUCACCGAGUGGGAUGACGUUAUCGGUCAGUUGACCAAUCAGACACACCGCCUCGUCAACAAGGUCAACGCCAUGAAGGCCAGCGGUGUCAGCGGACCGUACAAGAAGUCCAUCGACAGCAUGGAGAGGAGCGUCGCUGACAUCUGGGUCGUCCUGAACCAGAACCCAGCCUCUCAACCUCUGAGCGAGACCCAAGAGCUGCUGCAACAGGCCAGUGACCUAAUGGGGACCCUGAGCCAGAUGUUGAACCACACUGAGCGGACUCUGGUCCAGGUGGAGGACCAGGACUCUGUUGUUGAAACGAAACUGGACUCUGUGAUGUCUGAUGCACAGAAACUGGAGCGAACUGUUAAAGAGCUGAUGGAUCAGGUUGAGUUCAUCAAGAACUCCGACAUCCGAGGUGCGACCGAUAGCAUCACUAGGUACUUCCGUCAGUCUCUGGCGGCUGAAGUUGGAGCGAAUGCCUCCACCAUCGAUCCCGGCAGCCCCGUAGAAACCUCCAUCACUCUACGGCAACUCACAGAGGCCAAACUGAACCAAACCAGAGAGGAGUUCCUGAGGAAACACACUGAGCAUGCUCGGAGACUGGACGACCUAGCAGGAGAGCUGCAGACUCUGGACCUAGCGGAGAUCAGCCACAAGACCUGCGGUAGCCCAUCAUCGGGUCAGGACUCGUGCAUGUCCUCUCCCUGUGGCGGUCUGGGCUGUGUGGACUCUGAGGGUCAGACCAGGUGUGGAGGCGAAGGGUGUGAUGGCGUAAUAACUGUGGCCAGCAACAUCUUGAAGAAUACCCAAGACUCUGAGCAGGAGAUCAUCAGCGCCCUGCAGGAAGUGGAGAAGCUCUCCCAGAUGGUAUCAGAGGCCAAAGUCAAAGCGGACGAGGCGAAGCUGAGCGCGCAGGAGGUCCUGAUGAAGUCCAACAGGACCAAACAGAAAGUCCUGCAGAGCAACGAGGAGCUGAGAGUCCUCAUCAGACAGAUCCGGGACUUCCUCACACAGGACGGCGCUGACCUGGAGAGCAUCGAGCUCGUGGCCAAUGAGGUGCUGGCCAUGCAGAUGCCGACCACACCGGCCCAGCUGCAGAAUCUGACAGAGGACAUCCGUCAGAAGGUGGGAGAGCUGGGACACGUAGAGGACAUCCUGCAGCAGAGCGCCGCCGACAUACAGCGAGCCGAGAACCUGCUGGACCAGGCCCGCUUAGCCAGUGAGGAGGCAGCAGAUGUAAAGGACUCUGCAGAGAAAGUGAAGCAAGCUCUGGAAGAAGCUCAGAAGGCUCAAACCACCGCCAGCAGCGCCAUCGAGCAGGCCGCUGCCGACAUCCAGAACACCAACCAGCUGCUUUCCUCUGUGGAGUUGGAGACGUCACAUGCAGAGUUGAAGCUGACUAACUCCACCCAGAGGCUGCAGAGGCUGGAGAAAGACGUGUCCCUGCUGCGAGACAAAAGUCUGAACAUCUCUCUGAGCACUGAACGCACCAAUCAGGAUGCAGCGAGCAUCAGUAAGGUCGCAGAGGAGGUGAAGGAGGACCUGGACUCGGAGCUGAAGGAGAAGUAUGCCAAAGUGGAGCAGAUGAUUGGUCAGAAGGCAGGGGACGUGGUUAAUGCAAAGAAGAGGGCGGAGUCAUUGCAACAGGAAGCCAAAGAGCUGCUGCUGAAGGCUAGCGACAAGCUGCAGCUGCUCAAAGACCUGGAGAAGUCUUACGAGGACAAUCAGCGGACUUUAGAGGUAAAGGCGGAAAAGCUGGUGAAGCUAGAGGCGGCCGUGAAGGAGCUGCUUCAGGAGAUCAGCAGCAAGGUCACCAUCUACUCCACCUGUCUCUUCUAGGGCCAAUGGAGGGUUAGAGUUAUGGAUUCCUUUGUCCAAUAAGAAGUGACCUCUUAAGUAACAACCAAAGAAGAGAGACCAAAAAUUAAAGACGUUCAUUGCGAAACCAAAUGAUGGUAUUUGAAACCAAAGAUAUUUUAAUGAUACCACUCUGACAAAGAUAUUCAAUGUUUAACUUGUAGAAUGUUUGGUCAGCUGCAUUGGGUAGCUUUAUAUUAUGAAUCAUCAGUUGAUUUAUGUUCGUGAUUUAGAGCUUCGGUAAAGUCUUGUAUGUUGUACUACUAGAAUCUCAUUGGAAUACAAUCUAAGUAAUUAACUUUUACAUAGUUAUGAAACAGUGAAUGUUAACCAUGUUACCAUACUUUUUAACUUUUUCAUUUUGUAUUUCCUGUUUCUUUCUACGUUGACAAAACUUUGAACCUAAUAAACACUAAAAUCACAGUAA